AGCUGUGUACUUUGUCCACCACUGUGGGUGAUGAACGUGUUAACCUUAAAAUAGAUGAUAGUUUUACCUGGGUACCACUUGACGUCCAAAUGAAAGAGUCUGCUUGUCCUCCUCUCGGCCUCUAGGCGGUGCAGUUUCCUUCGGCAUGUUCUUUGUUUUUUCCAUCUCUCGCCCGGUGCCCGUGGUCUCUAAUCAUACGGUGGCUGACAAUUUAAAAAAGAAAACAUUUAUUAUAUGAUGGCGGAGGACAGUGAAUCUGCGGCGAGCCAGCAGAGCCUGGAGCUAGACGACCAGGACACCUGCGGGAUAGACGGAGACAACGAGGAGGAGAAUGAGCAUAUGCAAGGAAGUCCUGGUGGAGACUUGGGGGCAAAGAGGAAGAAGAAGAAACAGAAGAGGAAGAAAGAGAAGCCAAGCUCGGGUGGAGCAAAGUCUGACUCUGCCUCUGACUCCCAGGAGAUCAAGAACCCAGGCUUGCCCAUACAAAAGCUGCAAGACAUCCAAAGAGCCAUGGAGCUGCUGUCCUGCCAGGGUCCAGCAAAGAGCAUCGAUGAGGCAACCAAGCACAAAUACCAGUUCUGGGACACCCAGCCAGUGCCGAAGCUAAACGAGGUGGUGACAAGUCAUGGGCCGAUUGAAGCAGACAAAGAAAACAUCAGACAGGAGCCAUAUUCCUUACCUCAAGGCUUUAUGUGGGACACUCUGGAUCUCAGUAAUGCAGAUGUACUGAAGGAGUUGUACACAUUAUUAAAUGAGAACUACGUGGAGGACGACGAUAAUAUGUUCAGAUUUGAUUAUUCUCCAAACUUUCUAAAAUGGGCUCUGCGUCCACCUGGCUGGUUACCACAGUGGCAUUGUGGAGUGAGAGUGUCCUCAAAUAAGAAGCUUGUUGGCUUCAUCAGUGCCAUCCCUGCAGAUAUCCGCAUAUAUGACACAGUGAAGAGGAUGGUUGAAAUCAACUUCCUUUGUGUCCAUAAGAAGUUGCGUUCAAAGCGCGUUGCCCCCGUGCUAAUCAGAGAAAUCACACGGAGGGUGAACUUAGAAGGAAUAUUUCAGGCAGUUUACACAGCGGGAGUGGUGCUGCCCAAACCUGUGUCCACAUGCAGGUAUUGGCAUCGUUCUUUGAACCCCAGAAAACUCGUGGAAGUGAAAUUUUCCCACCUGAGCAGAAACAUGACCCUGCAAAGAACUAUGAAACUCUACAGACUACCAGAUAGCACCAAGACUCCAGGUCUGCGGUCGAUGGAGAGGCGUGACAUACAACAGGUAACCGAGCUGCUACAGAAAUACCUGAGACGUUUCCAACUUGCACCGUCUAUGGGAGAGGAGGAGGUGGCUCACUGGUUCCUGCCUCAGGAGAACAUAAUCGACACAUAUGUAGUAGAGGGAGCUGGUGGUGUACUGACAGAUUUCGCUAGUUUCUACACUCUGCCCUCAACCGUGAUGCAUCACCCUCUACAUAGGAGCCUGAAGGCCGCUUACUCUUUUUACAAUGUUCAUACACAAACCCCACUACUGGACUUAAUGAAUGAUGCACUGAUUCUGGCCAAACUGAAAGGUUUUGAUGUGUUCAAUGCCUUGGAUCUAAUGGAAAAUAAGAUGUUCCUGGAAAAGCUCAAGUUUGGCAUAGGAGAUGGAAAUCUGCAGUAUUACCUCUACAACUGGAAAUGUCCUCCAAUGGACCCUGAUAAGGUUGGCCUGGUCCUUCAGUAGCAGGCCCCAUCCAAGCUGCUACACAAACACUGAUCAAGAGGUCAGAGGUCACCUUACCUGGACUGGCAGGUAGCCCAAGCUAGACAAUGAGAACUGCAACAGAAAAAAAAAAAACCCAGAGUCUGGGAGGCGGUCCAGCCGGCACUCGUGUCAUCAAGAACAAUUCUCAGUUCACCCAAAGGUGAAAACUCUGAAAUCAUCAACAUCCUGAAUGUGAAGUCAUGCUAUGCCUGAGAUACUCAUACAGUACAAUGCUCCUGACAUGCACACUCACAUUUACAACACACACCAGUCUGACAUACAAGAGGAUGCCUUGACAUUGUGAAUUUUGGUUAGUUUUUCUCCCUCAGCAGACGCGUUGUUAAAGGGACUGGCAUGUUGUUUUAAUGUUGCUGAUAUUGAAUAUGUAAAUGAUAAUCAACUGGUUAACAUGACCACAAAACAAACAUUUAGUUAUUGUGUCCCCACUGCAACUGCACACUUGCAGUGUAAGAGGAUCUUAAAGGCAACUGACGAGUUAUUGUUUCCGUGUCGUCUCAUAUCGUUAAGGCUGGGAGUUUGUCUGCUGGCUGUUUCUGGCCCUCAGUCGGGUUACAGAUGCUAAGAACGUGUUUCAGCUGAACUGUAAGAUUUUUUUUUCCUCAAGUAUUCUGAAGAGAAAUAUCAACUUUUAAAUGUCAAAUCUUUUAACACACACACACACACACAAACAUGCAUACACAUAAAGAAAGGUCUCAUCCACCUGGUGCAUUGAUAUACAUGUUUUUGUUAAAAAUAUAUAGUUACCUGUACAUUUAAAGCCAGAUCAUAUUUAUUCCUGUAGUGUGAGAUCGGGGUUUGGGAGGGCUGAUCCAAAGUAUUUUCCACAUCAGUAGUGUAGAUGUCACGAGUUAGUUCAGACCAUGUGGGUUUCAGUGGUUUUUGAUGAAGAAUGUAUUGCAUCAAAGAAGCACAAUUUUUGAGUUCAUAAACAAGCAAAAGGGUCUAUUCUUUUUUUUUUAAGGGUCAGAUUUCAACACUGAUAGGCUACUGUACAGACUGUUCAACCUGUUUUUUUUAAAGGAUAUGAGCUGUUUUUAUGUUAUAAACAUGUCUCUGGAGCUGAAUGGUGUUCUGUUAAGAUUGCAAGUUUGUUUAAAUGGAGACAAAGUACAGAAAGUAGUAAUGGCAUGGUGGGUACACACGCCGGGGAGGUAGAAUUGGGAACAACAUAAAGGCUGGAAAACACAAAAUUACACUUCAAAUAUUGCCUGUGGUAUUUUUAUUUAGAUUUUCUACAACAAACAGUCAUUUUGGUUUAAAGACAUUUUUGUAGCCUCAAAGUGGCUUCCUUUAAGAAAAGUGAUGUUCACAGGUGAAUCGUGGUUCAGGCAGCAUGGGUUGGUUAUCUUUUAUAAAUAGAGUCAUCGUCAGUCAGUUUUUCAGUUAUGACUUUUAGUAGCCUCUUUCAUAGCAGCGAAUCAGAUGCCCCUGGAAAGCAGCUGAUUGAUAAGAAGAAAUACAAGACAUGGCUUACAAAAUUUCUAAAUGUGACCUUCCACUUUUAAUGUGUUCUCAAAGUCUCGUUUAAAAAACUGAGCACAAGAUUCAAGGCAUUUUUUGGGAUGAACUAAAGAGCAUUUAUUUGGAGUUAAGUGGCUGCGUUAACAAAAGCCUGCCAUCAGUAAGAGCAUCCUUUUGGAUUUUGUGUUUCCCUGUGUUUCUGGGUCCAUUUUUAUUGACUUCUCUAGAUGUUUUUUUUAAAGGUACUGUAUUUGUGUGUCAAAAAAAUCUGUCGGUUGUGUGUGUUGUGUGGCUUAAUGUGUGAAACAGUUCAAAUAUUUAUAAUAGUACUUGCAAAAUUUCAUAAAACAUUAUUUCUGUUUUUUUGUUUUCUUGAGAAAAGGGGGCUCAACUUGAACUGAUUUUUUUUCCAAAUAUUUGGCAUCCCUGUGUAAGAUCUUUGAAAAGCUGUUGUAAGACCACUUGUUUUUUAGGAGCUGCUUGUGUACUCAGAAGUUACAAAUAUUUUAUAAUUGUCCUUUUGCUCUGAGUUAACUGUUUGUCUGCUGUCUGCAAAACUUAAGUAGAGGCUGCUGUCAUUUUCGUUGUCUAUUUUUACUGUGUGUGAUGUAGUUUCUUCUCAUCCCUUUAUAUAUUAGCAAGAAAAGACAACCAACAGCAAGUGCUUCAGGGUUCAAGUUUUUUUAUCCUUGAAAGGUGGAAUGAGUUUCAUUCAGUAAGACAGACUUUAACGGCAUUUAUUUAUCACUGAAUCUGGGUUACUGAGUUGACGGUGUGCCUCAUGGAUGUUGGUUGUGUCACGGAUGUGUUGCCUGCAGCUGUUUGAAUGAACUUUGAGCAUGUCAGUUUUGCUGCCGUGACGAUUUUAACGUUGUUACUUGCCACACCCUUUAGUGAGAACUCAAACCCAAGGUACCUGCCUUAUUUAAAAGAUGUUUUGUUUUUUAACCAAGAUUUUUGAGGGGAUGGGAGGGUGUACUUUUGAAAUGGCAUACAGCUUUCUCUAACUGAAGAACAAUAUUUUUAUUCAAAUCCAUUGUAAGCUGUGAAAAAGCUGAAAAACCGUACCAGCAUCAUUUAGACAUGACCCCAUGCAAAUAACAAUCUGUUUCAACACACUCGUCAGCUAUACCAGCAUGGAUAUUUGAUUGAAUAAACUCACUUUAAAAAGGA